AUGGGCGUGAUCAGAAAGAAGACUGCCGCACGAGGCGGCGAGGGAGGCGUUAAAUACGUUUGUGACGUGUGUAGCGCAGAUAUCACAUCUACUGUGCGUGGCCAUCCAGGCGUGCUUCCCCAUCUUUCAUACAGUCACACCCUCAGCCCUGUCAUCACGCCCCCCCCAUACAACUCCCUCUCUUGUUUCACCAACCCUUUCCAUGCAAACGCUCUCAUCUGGCACCGCCAUAGCCGACUCAACUCUAACACUCGUCUCCAGGUUCGCAUCAGAUGCGCGCAUAGCGCGUGCAACGAGUACGACCUCUGCGUCCAAUGUUUCUCGAGCGGCCAAUCCAGCAACAACCACCUGCCAGCCACGCAUCCCUACCGCGUCAUCGAGCAGAACUCAUUCCCCAUAUUCGACCGAGAGUGGGGUGCGGACGAGGAGCUUCUGCUGUUGGAAGGUGCCGAGAUCUAUGGACUCGGGUCCUGGGCCGAUAUCGCCGACCACAUCGGCGGCUACCGUAGUAAGGACGAGGUCCGGGACCACUACCUCGAGGUUUACGUCGACUCGCCGGCGUUCCCUCUGCCGAAGCGAUGCAGUCCGCACGAUAUGGAACUGGCGAACGAAAUCUCUAGAGAAGAGUUUCAAUCGAGAAAGAAGCGGCGCAUCGAAGAGCGCAGAGAGACAGCCAAGAAUGCCCCCGCGCUGCAGCCCAAGACCAAGCCUACAGCCUCUGUGCCGUCCUGUCACGAGAUCCAAGGGUACAUGCCCGGCCGUCUCGAGUUUGAGACGGAAUACGCCAACGAGGCCGAGGAGGCCGUGCAGCUCAUGCAGUUCGAUCCCGGCGAUGGCAUCAACCCUCACACCGGCCAGCUCGAGCCCGAGAUGGAGCUCAAGCUCACCGUUAUGGAUAUCUACAACUGUCGGUUGACACAGAGAGUGGAUAGGAAGAAGGUCAUAUUUGAGCACAACCUGCUCGACUACAGGAGCAACACAAAGAUCGAAAAGGGCCGGUCAAAGGAAGAGAGAGAUGUGCUGAACAAGGCAAAGCCCUUUGCGCGCAUGAUGAACCACGACGACUUUGAGCAGUUCUGCCAGGGUCUCGUCGACGAGUUGAACCUGCGCCAGGCCAUCACGCAGCUGCAAGAGUGGCGAGAGAACCGCAUCGGAGAUCUCAAGAGCGGCGAGAAGUACGAGCAAGAAAAGGCGACCAGGAUACAGAAGGCGAUCCCGAUGGGCUCGAUGGACCGCGACAGGCUGGCCUCGGCACAGCGGAGUAAGCAACCGCCCGCGCCAGAGCCCCCCAGCGGCGCCGCCCUGCUUCUGGCUCCCGAACUGCCGACCCAGUCGACCGCGCUCAACGGCACGGCGAACGGGGAGGACAAGGCCGCUCUCACCAACGGCGUCAAUGGCACAGCAGCCGAUGGCAGCGUCGUGGUGGCAAAUGGCACCGGGGCUCCCAAGAAGGAGAAGUUCAUGCCGCAGGCGAUCUCAGGCGUGCAGCCCUUGCCGCUGACGCAAGACAACGCGCCGGAUCUGCAUCUCCUCACGCCGGAGGAGGCCAAGCUGUGCGAGGUGAUCCGGCUGCAGCCCAAGCCGUACCUCAUGAUCAAGGAGCAGAUCCUCAAGGAGGCGCUCAAGGGCAAUGGUACCCUGAAGAAGAAGCAGGCCAAGGAGAUCUGCAGGCUGGAUACCCAAAAGGGCGGGAGGAUCUUUGAGUUCUUCAUCAAUGCGGGGUGGGUGGGCAAGGCGUGA